CGCCUUUAAUAUACAAGAACACGUUUGCAAAUUUGGCAUCAUUCCUUAUUUUACGACAACCAUUUUCGCUCAAUUGAAAGCUCAUAACAUUUCCUCAGAAAAUGUCGAAAAAUUUCGGGUUCUUGAUAUGCAUAUUGAUCUUGGCCAUGGAUGUUUCGGCCGGAAUUCUUGGUAUUCAAGCCGAAACAGCUCAGAACAAGGUGAAGCAUUUGAGGAUGUGGAUAUUCGAGUGUAGAGAUCCGAGUUACACAGCCUUCAAGCUAGGCUUGGCUGCGGCCGUGCUCGUGGCUCUGGCCCAUGUCACGGCCAAUUUGCUCGGCGGCUGUGUUUGCGUCCGGUCAAGGGAAGACCUUGAAGCUUCCUCCGCCAACAAGCAGCUUGCAGUGGCAUCCCUCGUCUUCUCCUGGAUCGCACUGGUGGUGGCGUUCUCGAUGCUGAUCGUGGGGACGAUGGCGAAUUCGAGAUCGAGGAAAUCUUGCGGGUUUUCUCACCAUCGGGUUCUGUCCAUCGGAGGGAUACUUUGCUUCGUCCACGGCCUCUUCUCCGUUGCUUAUUACGUGUCUGCAACCGCCGCCUCGCGAGAACAGAAGCGUUCGGACCCUGCUUGAUGAAGUUCUUUCCGAGUUAUAUGCUGAUGAAACUUUGGUGAUCUUUCUCUUUUUGGACAUGACAGGAAUCACAUGUACGUAACUGUAUUGAUCCAUCUUCUAUGUCUGUUUGCUUCAAUUAAUCUUUGUCUCUUUUUCCGCCAUUGAUAAGAAUUGACAUGAAAUCAUGCUCCAAGAAUCGAUGAAUCUGCAAAAAAAGAGCCUCAAUAUGUAUAUUUUCCACAACCCGAUACAUCGUAGUUUAUAUUAUUAUGUAUGAAUCGAAAA